AGCUGCGCGUCCUCAGAAAGUUGUGUGGCCGCUGUGAUUGCCCGCACUCAGCCUGAUAAACAGCUGCUUACCAUUUAGGGCGCUUCACAAAGUUUUCUCCAAAAUCCUCCAAUCGGGAUUUUUUUGUUCUCCACCGUUCUGAGCCUGUUGAUGUUCAGAUAUAGAAAGCCUGCACCGCUGGAAGCACAAGUCUGGGAUUCUAGGUUUGCGUAAUGCUCAGACGUCCUCUGCUCAACAUCUGGAUUAACUAUUUGGAGCCAGAGCUAACGGCCCUACACAAAACUGACUGUACAGCCUACUAUCUUGAUGGAAAGAUUGCCUUUUAGCCUCCUCUGGAACUCAACUUGAUAGGCUGAGUCUGUGCUUAUAGAUUAUGUAUUCUUUAAAAUGGGUGCGAACAAUGGAAAACAGUAUGGAAGCGAGGGUAAAGGGAGCUCAAGCAUCUCCUCUGACAUAAGUUCGAGCACAGAUCACACACCAACCAAAGCUCCGAAGAAUGUGGCUACCACUGAAGGUUUAGAGUCCAGCACAAGAACACUGAGCACCCCCAGCCCAGGUCUGAUUCUGCCUUCCAAGUCCUCCUCCCUCUCCUCACCUGCUCUCUCCAGUAACGGCCAUGAGACCAACUCCUCAUCCUCGUCUUCUGCCCCCGCUGAGACAGUCGCUGUGAUCCACCCUCAGCCCGGCACUCACACUCGCUCCAGACAGUCAAAAACCCACCACUACGCCCCCAUCGAUGUCCUCCCUGACCACACUCUCCUGCAGAUCUUCUCCCAUCUUUCGACCAAUCAGCUGUGCCGCUGUGCACGAGUUUGCCGCCGCUGGUACAACCUGGCUUGGGACCCCAGGCUGUGGAGCACUAUCCAGCUAACGGGAGAGCUGCUUCAUGCUGACCGUGCCAUCAGGGUCCUCACCCACCGGCUGUGCCAAGACACCCCGAACAUUUGCCUGACCCUGGAGACGGUGGUGGUCAAUGGCUGCAAGAGGCUCACUGACCGGGGGCUGCACGUGGUGGCCCAGUGCUGCCCUGAGCUACGUCACCUGGAGGUUGCCGGCUGUUAUAAUAUCUCUAAUGACGCUGUGUUUGAAGUGGUAUCCCGCUGUCCCAACCUGGAACACCUAAACCUCUCAGGCUGCUCCAAGGUGACGUGUAUCAGCCUAACCCAAGAGGCCACACUCCAGCUGUCUCCCCUGCAUGGCCAGCAGAUCUCCAUUCACUACCUGGACAUGACCGAUUGCUUUUCCCUCGAGGAUGAGGGCUUGCGAACUAUCGCCUCCCACUGCCCUCGCCUGACACAUCUGUACUUGCGGCGAUGCAUCAGACUAACAGAUGAAGCCUUGCGCCAUUUGGCUCUCCACUGCCCUUCAAUAAGGGAGCUUAGCCUCAGUGACUGCCGCUUGGUGGGGGAUUUUGGUCUCCGAGAAGUCGCCCGCCUAGAGGGGUGCCUGCGCUACUUGAGUGUGGCCCACUGUACCCGCAUUACUGAUGUAGGCAUGCGCUAUGUGGCUCGCUACUGCCCGAGACUGCGCUACUUGAAUGCAAGGGGGUGCGAGGGGCUCACAGAUCACGGCCUGAGUCACUUGGCCAGGAGCUGCCCCAAACUCAAGUCUCUGGAUGUCGGUAAAUGCCCGCUGGUGUCGGACAGUGGGCUGGAGCAGCUAGCCAUGUACUGCCAAGGCCUGAGGCGAGUCAGUCUCAGAGCCUGUGAAAGCGUAACAGGCAGAGGACUCAAAGCUCUGGCAGCCAACUGCUGCGAGCUGCAGCUGCUCAAUGUGCAGGACUGCGAGGUGUCACCAGAAGCUCUGCGGUUCGUCAGACGCCACUGCCGGCGCUGUGUCAUCGAGCACACAAACCCCGCUUUCUACUGAGGCGGGGAGUUCUUGGACUGGUUUUCUGACAAGUGGAUGUUCUAAUAUUCCUGCUAUGGUUUGGGCAGAGUUCAGCGGCUGAUGUGUCAGAACUAGUUGAAAACCGGUGUGCAAUACUGGCCAGACUUUGUCUCCUUAAAUCCGCUUGGUGGCUGUUAACACUAUCCUUUGAAAAUACUUCUACAGAAUGUAUUUAACAUAUUUAUCUAUAAAAAGGCAGAAAAGUACAGCAUUACGUUUUCCCCAACAUCACAAUUUGCAAUGUAACAAUAUGCUACAACACUGAGCACUGGGUACAGUUGUGUUACCAUUUAAAAGUAUUGUACUAUCUAUUUUAUUUUAUGUCAUCAUCACCUUUAGGUCCUGAAACAUAAUCAUUAUAAUAAUUUCUACAGCUAUUCUUUAACAGCAAGUAUCUUCUGCCUAAACCACUGAGAAUGUAGCAGCAGCAGCUAAGCAGAUCUGGUGAUUUAGACUAUAGUCAGUUUCACUUUCUUUGUGUUGUGUGCAUACGCACUUUAUGCAUUUGCGCUGACAAUCACUUCAACUGAGCUCAAAUCAUAAUAUUUUGCAUUUUGUCACAUGCAUUUGUGUUAAUUAAAUAUCACUAGUAAAACAAAGCUUGUUUCCAAAAAAAGGCUGGGAUACAGUAAAAUGUAAAUAAAGGUCAAAUUCAAUAAUUUGCAUUCGAUUAAACUCUAUGUUUGUUUGAAAAUUGUGCAAGGACAUCAUAUCAUUGAUGUUUAAAGAAGUGAAACAGGUUUAGCCACAUGGGACUCUAACUACAGAGCCAUGCUGCUGUAAUACAUGCAGAAUGUGGUUUGUCAUUGUCUUGCUGAAUUAAGCAAGGGCUCCUUUUGGAGAUUGUUGAGCAUUAAUGGUGCCUUUGCAGAAAGCUGGACGUCAUGCAUUCCAGUGUCAUCACAAAUGCUCCUUUUAAACUUUGCCGGAUGGUUCCUCGGUUCUUUAGCCCGGACACAGCAUCCAAGAAUCUGUAUUCUAGAUAAUUAAAUCCUCCAAUUCUUUACAAUUUUAUGUUCAUAAUUGCUGCUCUUAAAUUGUUAAACUAGAUCCCCGUGUUUUUUUGUUUUUUUAUGAAUGGUAAAAAACUCUCUUUGCUCCUGAAAGACUCUCCUGAAAGAUAAUUUUUACACUGAUUCAUUGCCAGUUAGCCUAACUGGUCAUGGUAUCUUACAUAUGGGUUUGUGCUUUUCUUUUGUUUUUUUUAGCUAGGAUUUUGUUAAACUGUUCCCUAUUUUUUCUAUGCAAAAUGAGGAAAAGAGGAGCAUACAGGUGCUAGAGAGGACCCAAGUGCGGGACACAGAGGCAGGUGGGUAAGGAAUAUACAGAGCAUUUAUUUGGCCGAGGCAAAAAAAAAAAAUCAAACCAUCUCUGGAAGUAAACCAAAAAGGGGAACAGAUCACGCAGAAACAUGAGGGAGGGAAACCAUCAAUGCAGGAAGCAACAGGAAUCCAGAAAACAUAAAACACAAAGAGCAUCAACAUUUUAACAAAGACAGGAUGCACACAGGACUAUAUAAACACACAGGGUCACAAGACAUAGAUGAAGGCAACCAACAAUGAGCGCACAGCAGCAGUCAGAUAGGAUGCAAACAGAAACAGGAAGUGAUACUAGCAUGAAACAAGGGGAGACUCACUAACAAAAAAAAGAGACACGAAAUAGCCAAAAGACAAACAACAAGUAAGAGGACAAAAGCAUGGGGAAUAAAUGAUACUAGAAAAAAGUGGCACAAUAAAAUACCAGAACCAUGAGAGUUGCAACAUUUGAUAUGCUGUCUUUGUGCUUUUUAACUGAAAUAUACAGUUUAAAUGUUUAACAAAUCAUUGCUCUAUGUUUUUAUUUACAUUUUACAAAGAGUACCAGGUUUUUUGGAAACAUGUUUGUUCCUGAGAGGGUUUUACUGAAAAAUACUAAUGGGAUCAAUGUUGAAAAUAAACAAGAACACAUUGCUGCU